AAUACAACUUGUACAAUAAGCAGUAGUCGUUUUGGUCUUGAAUAUGGUGCAGCUGAAAAUUCAGGACCAAGUUCAAAUUCUAGCACUGAUAAAGCAAAAGGCGAUUCAAUUAAACUGAUAAAGCUUUUAAGAGACCAGCAUGAUGCAUUAUUGGCAGAUCUUCAGAAACAGGGACAGUGGGUAAUUGAUGAAGAAGUCUGGGAAUCAUGGGCUGAUGUUUUUGUACCUGGCUUUCAG